ACCAUAAUAAGCGCAAAAUAUCAAUAUAAGCUUGGAUGGGUGUUUUUUGUUGGGUUCUUCCAGUCCACCAAACCCAGUUUGCUAUUCCUUCGCGACUACUCUCAACAGCUCAAAUCGCAGGACGUUGUGCGGCAAGCCCGAUGCCACGAUGAUAGCCCCAAAGGGCUUGCAGUGGCCUGGUGUCAGUUCCACGAGGUAUACCUCUUCGACACAGUCACCCCUGUCAAGCUCGGACAGCCGCUGGACCCAACUCAUCUCCGCCCCCUGCCAUUUUUCAUUGCCAGUGUUCAUCUCGACACUCAAGACGCUUUCAUUGCAUCCAGAGAAGCUCUUCCCGGCAGUUCUACAAGGUGAUAUUCUGCCUUUACAUCAAUCUUCAACGACAGAUAGGUUGUCAAAAGACGCAGAAGACGAGAUCAGAACGACAAUCCCCGGACUAGAAUUGAUCGAGCGUAUACGCACCAGACUAGUGCCCAAUCAGCCUCAGAGGCAUAUUAAGCUGGACCAGACCAGCUCUUUCUAUCGCUUUUCGCAAAGCCCAGAAGGUGCACCUCAGGAGAACAGCGAUACUACUACGGAAAACGAUUGUGGGCUAGUGAUAUUCAUUCCAGAGAUCAAUUCGAUAGAACACAUCCCAUAUUACUAUCCGCAAGCCAAUCGCAUAGCUUUCUUAUGGGAUCCCAGUAAUAUUAAUGACGGUUCUGAGGAAAAAAGCGGAGUGAGGGCACGAAUAUCCGUACACUAUCUCCAAACAAAAUCGCCUUCUUUGAUGUCACAUGCACCUACUAACGCACACCUGCCUCUCGCUCAUCCGGCCCUUGGGGCAAUGAUCUCUAGGUUGAACAGGCCUAAAAGACGGUCACCUCUUGCUACAAUCAGUCAGGAGUCUGACGUCGAUCGCUGCCAGAGAUUGGGCGUUGUCGAUGGAUCACAACUGGAAUCGGGUGGGAUAGCAAGAAGUACCAAGGAAUUGGAAAAUGAUUUAUACAAGCAGUGCCAGCAUCUUUUGGAAAAGGUAUGCAAAUACGGCCAUGAUCAUUUCGCAGAUUCCCCUGUUCUCCAUCCCAGAAAUGGGGUCAUAAAACCUCCUGAAAGCUUCGAAUCCAUCUAUCUUCUUCUCAAAAAUCGACAUUGCCACCUAAAUCCCAGUUUUUCCAAGACCGACAUGGCCAAACACCGUUUGACUAAACUUCAAGCUGCACCGUCUGAUGAGUGGGGCAUACCCGCGAACAACAUAUCAGAAUGGGGCCAGCGGGACGUGGCUGUGGCGGCAUAUCUGAUGCUUCUUUGGAAGGAUAUGUAUCCUGAAAGACCAUCCGCGAAUGAUCAAGGCAAGGGUGAAAAUGGGAAAGAAUGGGAUACUUGGGGAAGACCAGAAGGAGGCUUCAUAGACCUGGGUUGCGGUAAUGGCUUAUUGGUGCAUAUUCUCAUAUCAGAGGGUUAUAUAGGCAAAGGCUACGACUUGCGUCCACGUCCUUCAUGGAAUAUGUAUCCAUCAAAGACCAAAGAUGCCCUCGUGAAGCAAUCUCUCGAUCUUCCCGGGUGGUUCCCUCGCACAGAAGACGAAUGGGAGCUGGGAUCGUGGGUGACGCGGGAAAAAUGUGUCGUCCGGGACGGAGCAUUCAUCAUAGGUAAUCAUUGCGAUGAGCUCACCCCAUGGCUGCCUCUUCUUUCCAUCAUCCCAUCGCCUCCCGUGCCCUACAUUUCUUUACCUUGCUGUCUCCACACACUCGAUUCUAUAUAUUCUCACCUCAACUUUGCGUCCCCUUCACAAUCUUCCAACCAAUGUAUCUCUCUUCCCGCAGAGUUGGACCCAACAAAAAGCUUGUAUGACUCUUACAUUGCUUGGCUAGGAUGGUAUAGUUUAGGAUGUGGAUGGGAGUGUGACAUAGACAAGGUUGGACAUGGUAUGGCUAUAGGCAAAGGCUGGGCUAUCAUCGGACGUAAAAGAUGGGCGUCAGCAGAGGAUGAUGCGAAGUGUAGAGCUUGGGUGUUAGCCGAAGUUGAAGUCGUGCGACGUCGAGGGCGGUUUAAAGUCAAGGAGAAUGAGGAUGAUGAUCAUGCAAAAUGAUUGAAUGAUGACCAACUUUAUAUAACUAUCAUCUACUGCAAAAUUUUAAGUUUUAUGCAU